CCAUUCCGAUUGUUACCAGAGAAGAUGUUGGAGCUUAUCAUUUCUGCUGCGUUUUUUUUUCUCGUAAUACUCUAAUUGCCAGUGUUUCAUUUUGAUUUUUAUUGAUUUUUCAUUUUUAUGUAUUUUGUUCGAGCAUAUAGACCUGAUAAUAUUUUGGAUUUUAGUUUUGGAGAAUAACCUAUAUAUAAUCAUGUGUUUUAGACCCUACUUUUGCUGUCUCGUACAGUAGGUCCACAUUUUUGAUUUCGGCACGUUAAGUUUACUUUUCUUUUGGCGCACACAUUUUGUUAAAUAUCUCAUUUUACAAGUGGAAAUGUUUUUAAGCGUCUUCAGUUUUUAGAAAACUUGGGAGAUUGAUGUUCAACCUAUCCUUGUUUAUCACUUAAUGAGCAUGUUUUGAGCCUCAUCAUACCUCACCCGUCCAUGACUUCACAACCCUGACGCAUCUGCAGAGGAAAGACUGCGGCAAUGGAGAGUUCAAAUGAAAGAGAAUUUUGGCAAUUUAACGAAUCCUGGCAGAACCCAAGUCUCGUUAACGGGACCGGUUUGUUGAAUCAGACGAACCCUCUGAAGCGGAAUGAAGAGGUGGCGAAGGUAGAGGUGACUGUGCUCGCCCUGGUGCUGUUUCUGGCGCUUGCGGGUAACCUGUGCGUCCUGCUGGCCAUCCACACCACCAAGCACAGCCAAUCUCGCAUGUACUACUUCAUGAAGCACCUGAGCAUCGCCGAUUUAGUUGUGGCGAUAUUUCAAGUUCUCCCUCAACUUAUCUGGGACAUUACAUUUCGGUUCUAUGGACCGGACAUUUUGUGCAGGUUGGUGAAAUACCUACAGGUCGUUGGGAUGUUCGCCUCCACUUACAUGUUAGUUUUGAUGUCCGUAGACAGGUGUUUGGCAAUUUGUCAGCCUCUUCGUUCUUUGCACAGGAUAAAAAACCGUUUUUAUGUCAUCUUUUCCUGGGUUCUGAGUCUGCUCUUCAGUAUCCCGCAGAUGUUCAUUUUCUCCCUGAUCGAGGCUGGCUCGCCCGGAUCAGGAGUGUAUGACUGCUGGGGCAACUUCGUGAAGCCUUGGGGAGCCAAAGCUUACAUCACAUGGAUCAGUCUCACUAUAUACAUCAUUCCAGUGGCGAUACUGAGCAUUUGCUACGGGUUAAUAAGCUUCAAAAUAUGGCAAAACUUUAAACUGAAAACAAGGCGGGAGCAGUGUAUAAGCCUGACACCCAAAGCUUCCAAAUGCAACACACUGGCCCGCGUGAGCAGCGUUAAGCUGAUCUCCAAAGCGAAGAUAACCACAGUGAAAAUGACUUUUGUGAUCGUUUUGGCCUAUAUCGUCUGUUGGACCCCAUUUUUCUCUGUCCAGAUGUGGUCUGCGUGGGAUCCAGCAGCGCCUCGUGAGGCCAUGCCGUUCAUCAUCUCCAUGCUGCUGGCCAGCCUCAAUAGCUGCUGUAACCCCUGGAUCUACAUGUGCUUCGCCGGGCAUCUCUUCCAGGAUCUUAGGCAGAAUUUUUUGUGCUGUUCCACUCGCUACCUCAAGUCAUCCCAGUGCCGCUGUGAGCGUGACUUUGACUCCAGUCACAAGAGCAACUCCUCAACCUUUGCCAUUAAGAGCACUAGCAGUCAGAGAAGCAUCACACAGACUUCCACAACAUAAGCACCCACCCUCUCUUCCCUUCUCGUUCUCUUGAGCUGUCCACUCUGCCUUUCACCACAUGCCAUUGCCCAUUAAAUAUCCAACUGUUCUAUUCCUUUAGAUACCUCUCGCCCUGAGUCCUGAAAGAAAAAGAAAAAAGUCUUAAAGUCUGAGUCUGCAAUUUUGGAGAAAGAUUGUUGAUUGGAGCACCCAUACAAUUACACCCCUCCCAUCAGAGCUCCUUUAGAUUGUUUGCUCCCAAUUUUUUCUAACUUACUAAUGUUGUGCCUUUCGCAAAUGAGUCAUUCAAAAGUACAAAUCUUUUGGGUGAACAAACUGAACUGAUUCACUUUCUAAAAAAAAAGAUCCGUUCAUAUCUCAGUUCAGUUGAGCUCUGUCAGUCAAUGGCGUCAUGCCGCAGAGCUCUAGGCUUGGGCCCACCUCAGGCGCUGUCAACGUGCAAGGACUCAAUAAGUGACUGAUUCAAGUAAUUUGUUCCCAACAGGAAUGCCGUGUGUUCAAGACAGCAAAUACACAGCUGAGUGGGGAUGGGUUGCUUGCUAAUAUAUACAGUCAGCUGCACCAUUCAGCUGUUACGAGUAGUCAUUUUUAUUAUAAUCCAUCCCAAGGCUUGGUAAUCCAUCAAGAAAACACGGAUUCUUUCAAAAAAUAAUAAAAGUGAUAAGUGUUUGAUGCAGGAUUUAUGUUAGCCGGCAGAUUUCACAGAUUAGAAGAACACUGAGGCCAAUUGAUUGGAAAUGUACAGCAUUAUUUGUGCCCAUGUAUAAGAGGUACAGACAACGUUUGUUUGUAGUUUCAUUUAUUAAAGUUCAACAAUGCAUAGUACAGAAGAAUGAAUACAUAAUAAAUCAUCAGAAAUCAGAACUGGGCUAGUUUGCAGAGAUUCAAUUCAAUUCAAUUUUAUUUAUAGUAUCAAUUCAUAACAAGAGUUAUCUCAAGACACUUUACAGAUAGAGUAAGUCUAGACCACACUCCAGAAUUUAUAAGGACCCAACAGUUCUAGUAGUUUCCUCCAGAGCAAGCAACAGUGCGAGAUCCGCUCUACCAACGCAAUAAUGGCAUUCUUAUUUUUAUUUAUUUUACAGUAAAACACAAAAACAGAGGAAAUUUAUAAUUGAACAUAAUUCUGCAGCGGUGGUUCAACACAAGGUCGGUGUCUCAUCUUUUCUCUCCAUGCUCUUAUAAAUGCAGAAGCUUGUUCUGUACAUUCAUUAUUACAAAAAAUAACGUGAACAGCCCUUGUGUUUCAUUUCUGGUUAAAUGUAGGCUAUUAUGUGGCUAUU